AUGCCAUUGGUGGGUAAUGCUGAUGGACUUGAUAAUAGGAUGGCCAACAACAUCCAAAGCUCAAUGCAGAACCACUUUGAAUCCAAGCAUGAUCAAACCCAGAUUAACAUUAGCAACAACAAGAAUCAUGAUCUACACACCAAUCAUAAGACCCCAAAACUCGGCUCUAAGGCCCCAAAAGCUGCAUUUCGUGAACAAGAACUAUACAUGCCAAUAGCAAAUGUGGUCCGGAUCAUAAGGCAGGGACUACCCCCAAACGCGAAAGUGGCUGAUGAAGCCAAAGAGAUGGUGCAAGAAUGUGUUUCUGAGUUCAUCAGCUUCAUCACCAGUGAAGCUAAUGAAACUUGUCAACUGGAACACCGUAAGACCAUAACAGCUGAAGAUGUUAUAAGGGCAAUGUCCAGGCUCGGGUUUGAUCACUAUGUUGAGCCACUCACAAUUUAUCUGCAAAAGUACCGAGAGAGCGAGAUGCUUCCACCAAUUCCUAGGCACGGAGUUGGGAACAUGGGCCUCGAGUCUGGUAAUGUUUUGCCUCCUUUUGCUGUGGUUCAUCCUCAGUUUUCCAUGUUCAAAACUUCGUCAGAGAAUCAAGGCUUGUACACAGCAACUGUUUGUGAUGGUAGUGGCCCACGUUUGGGUCUCGGUAUAGGUGGUGAGUCAAAUGAUAGUGAAGCAACGGAUCCAUCUGAAUCACCUCAUGCUGGACAGUAUUUUUAUAACCCAUAUGGCUAUUACAGGUCUUAA